GGUAUCAUCAAAAUCGGAAAAACCAUGCUUAUGCUGCGAAAAUAAAAGAGAGAUCUUGUUGAAUGUUGAGUUUUCCAGAUGAAGAAGAAGAAUUCAACUUUAAACUGAACCCCUUUACUACCCACACAUGAUGUCUUUACUACCUUCUUCAAUAUCACUAUCAAACUCGCCACACCCUCAAUUCAAUCGACGACAUCCUCCCUACCUCUAUUACUCAUUAUCUAUUGGAUCUUUUCCUACCCUUUUCUUUAAACUUUCCAAUUUCAUCAUCAAGACUCCAUCUUCGAGUUCUACAACUGGAAUUAGAUGCACCAACGAGAAAGAUUCUACCUACAGAGGCUCGUCCAAUUUUCUGCGGAAACCGGCCUUAUCUGAGUCCGUGAAGCAGGUACGUCCAGGCAAGGAUGUGGAAGAAUAUGGUGACAAAGGUGAAGAGGAGGAAGAAGGGUGGGUUGACUGGGAGGACCAGAUUCUUGAGGACACUGUCCCCCUUGUUGGUUUUGCUCGAAUGGUCCUUCAUUCUGGGAAAUAUGAAAGUGGCGAUAGAUUAAGUCCGGAGCAUGAGAAAACUAUCGUAGAGAGGUUUCUUCCUUAUCAUCCAGAGUGUGACAAGAAGAUUGGAUGUGGAAUUGACUACAUUACGAUUGGAUAUCAUCCAAAUUUUGAGAGUUCCAGAUGUAUAUUCAUAGUAAGAAAGGAUGGAGAGAUGGUUGAUUUUUCGUAUUGGAAGUGUAUAAAGGGUUUAAUCAGGAAAAACUAUCCAUUGUAUGCAGACAGCUUUAUCCUCCGACAUUUCAGAAACCGUCGAAAUGCCUAAAGUAGUUGUAAAUUAAGGAUCUCUGUUCUAGCCUAGCCUAAAUAUGAAGAUUUCUUUCUGAGUUUAUGUUGGCUUGUAAUUUGAGGUAAACUAUAAGGUUAUGAUGAGAUUCUCUUUGAGUAAGAGAAUGGUAAGAAUGGUUCUUCUUGAGUGCUGAAUGUAUGUAAUGGUGCAAAUGAUUAUUUGUUGUAGGGGAUUGUUUUGAUUCUUUUUGCUUAUGUUAUAAUGGAUCAUUGCUAGAUA